CAUCCAGAAGCAGCACACGUCCAAAGAAGAAGCAACACAAGACUGGUGCAGCAACAAUAAACCUUCACACUGCAGCUCACGGUCCAGAGAAGAGAAAGCAGCAAGGAUGCAGCAACCUCUACCAGUCCAGCAAAAGGGUCCAGGUUCUUUUUGAAAGAAGGAGGUGACGGAGGAGAGGCAGCAGCUCAUGUUCGAGGAGGUGUACAAAGUGUGAAGGGAGAAGAAGUGAUCAAGGGGCUGGAGUGGUGUGCAAUGUGAUGGAAAGAGAGAAGGCCACCAAGCUCACGGUUUUAGGAGGCAUGGGAGGCUACGGCUGAUUGUUGAAGAAGACGUCCAGCUUGGAGCAGCUGCACACACUCACUUCACGGCCUGGAUGGUUUCACGUCCAGCAGCCACGUUGAGAAGGUUUCACCCGCCACCUAGGAAAGUAACUUCAUUUUACAUGUGAAGUUCAUGGCUGAACGGAGAAGGAGAAAUACAUGCUGGAAUGAAAGAGGAGGCAAUGGGAGACACGGUCAAGGCAGUAGAGGAAGCGUUUGGAGUGGGAGCCACGUUCUAAAAGAUUUUCCAUAAAAGAAUGAGCAGCAAAGCUCACGGACAAGAUAUGGAGGGUCCCAUUUUUGCCUAUUUUUGGCACAUUCAGGAAAUGCUAAGGGACAAAAACACAAACCGGAAGAAAUUAAGGAAGCACACCGAGAAAGGGGAGUGCUGUCUGUCAGGCCUCGGAAAACGUGGCGUCCACGUGGCAGCAGGAGAGCGCGCCACCUCAGCAGUACACAUGGCCGACAAACAGUGCCCGACUCCCUCUGCUGAACGUCAGCUGUCGCACGCCCAACUGAGGCGGAGCACAGUGGGAACGUGCGUCCGGUGUAGUGGAUUACACGUGUCUCCCUGAGAGUGGACGUCCGGCAUCUACAGUCAGAGAGAACGUGCGUCCGGCGUAGUGGAGAACAGUGUGUCAGCCUGAACGUGCGACCGCGGUGGUGGAAGACGCGUGGCAACAGUGCAGUGCUCGACCGUCCGGCGUGGGCUGCCAGAGGCGUAGUGGAGUGCGCUGGCGAGUGCGGACGUGCGCUGGCGGAGAAGAAAGCAAAUCUGAGAUUUUGAACUUAUUCCCCACUUCUCCCUUCACGCAUCUCUUUGCUUCAUUUCUGAGAAUUCCUUCUCUUCCCUUGCUCUCUGCAUUCUCUCUCUCUCUCUAAGAAAACACUGUUUCAUCCCCUCCAAUUCUGGAUUCCGGCAACGUGGAAGGACGCUCGGCGACAAGAGCUUCCAGAGGAGAACGUUCGGUUAGUGAAUCUCGUAAGUCUUUUCUUCCUCUCUGAACGUUCGUUUUCUUUGCAUGCAAACUCAAUUCUGAGUUGUGCGUUCGUCUUUUCUUAGAGUAGCGUGAUUCUGAGUUUGGUGUUGGGGUUCGUUCGCUCGUACAGUGGAUUAACGAGCGCUGGUUAGUGGAAUUUGGGUGGAGAAGCGUAUGUGUGUGCGUCUGUGAACGCUCGUCCAUUUCCGGAAGAUGGUACCUACUUCUUCUCCUCCUUCGUCCCAGGGAGUUGAUCCGUCUGACUCUAAUCAGAUGAUGAAUGCGGUGUUCCAAGCGUUACAACAACAGAAUGCUGCAUUGGUGGAGCAAAAUACCAUAACCCUGCACAAUCAAGAAGCCGCAAGGGUAUUUGCUGAGAACGCGAGAGUAACAUCUGAGAACACUCAAGACAAUUCAUUAAAGUGUUUGACUAGUGGCAGGACCGUUCAGGGUGUUUUCUCUUCUGUUAUUCCGGUCCAAGAGUGGAACUUGGAAAACUUUCUACAACAUCAUUCAGCCCGGUUUGAUGGGAAGUGCAGUUCGAAUGAAGCUGAUCAGUGGUUUAGGGACAUUGAAAGAAUUUGUGGUGCUAAGAGAUGUCCAGAUGAGAACGAGGUAGUAUAUACUGAGUACUUGCCUUACAGUGUAAGGUAUGACCUGGAGAUUGAAUUUCUUCAGUUAAUACCGGGAAAUAGGUCGGGACUGAGUAUGCAUACAGGUUUGAGCACUUGCUCUGAUUGUACACCAUGACUUCGGUUAUAUAUAAAAUAAAAUGAAUAAAUAAAAAUUUGUUAUCAUUAUGAACUUAAUUCUCCCUGUCUUAACCUAGAUGUGCUGUGUUUGGUCCAUCGCUCG